CUCUGAAUGAACCCGUCUUAAAUGUACUCUUAGCGAUGAGCUCAUCGCUAAAUCACCGCAACACUCUUCGCAGAGUCCAGCGUCUUCAUUCGUGGCGUCAGUGAACACGCGCUGAACUUUUACAACGAUCAAAAACACUUCUGGACACAAAUAUGGUGGAGAUCAGUUCCAUAAAGGUUGUAAUGCUGGCAGUUGCAGUCGGUGUGUAUCUCAUUCCCUCACCCAUUGACCCUGAGCCGUACAUAUUUGAGGGACCCCCGCCUGCACUGGAGGGCCCUCUGGCAGUAAACACACGGCUACAGAGAGGUCGACAGCUGUUCUCUGGUCAGCUUAAAGGCCCGGAGUCCUUCACUGCAGACCAGAAUGGAAACAUCUAUACAGGCACGGUCGAUGGGAAACUCUGGAGAAUCAACAAGGAAUCUCUCACUUUCAUCACUCAAAUGGGGCGGAACAUUCCUGAAUGUGGCACAAGCAUGGACUAUGAGCCGGAGUGCGGUCGUCCACACGGCCUGCGAUUGGACCGUGACGGGCAGCUUAUCGUGGCUGACUCUUACCUGGGUCUGUUUAAGGUUGACCCUUGGACUGGAGAAAAGAUAUUGCUUCGUUCCAGCAAAGAGGGAGCUAACGGGAUUCCCUUUGAAUUUCUGAAUGGCCUGGAGAUUUCAAAAAAUGGAACUGUGUUUUUCACAGACUCCAGCAGUAAAUGGGGGAGACGUCAUGUCCGAUAUGAGGUGUUGGAGACAAACCACCUCGGUCGCCUUCUAUCAUAUAACCCUGAGACCGGUCACAUUCAGACGUUGCUGGACUCUCUCUACAUGCCUAACGGCUUUGCCUUCUCACCUGAUGAGGACUUCCUGCUUCUAGCCGAGACCAGUAUCGGACGGAUUAUUAGGUUCUGGUUGAAAGGACCUAAAACGGGUUCAAAGGAGAUUGUCCAGAGCAACAUGAUUGGUUACCCUGAUAAUAUUCGUGUCAGUGACCGUGGCACAUUUUUGGUGGGUAUAACCACCAUUAGAUUCAGUGGCCAACUUUUCCCACCAUUCCUGGAUCUGAUUGGUCCAUACCCCGCUCUCAAACGCUUCAUAGUGAAGCUCAUUCCUCUCAGCUGGUACAAUGUUCUGUUGCCCAAGUACGGGUUGAUCCUGGAGCUGGGGCCUGAUGGAGAGGUGAUUGAUAGCCUACACGACCCUACAGGCAGCCUGACCUGGGCUAUCAGUGAUGUCUUCCAGCAGGGGGAGCACUUUUAUCUGGGCAGCACUGAUCUGCCAUUUCUUCCUGUGUUAGAUGAGUGGAGUUGAAGAGCCUGGGGCUCCUACAGGUGGACCCAGAAAAGUGUAAUGCACAGUAACCUUUCCUAGAAUAAGUUAAAUGAUUUGCAUUUUAAAAAUGCACUGCAGUCUACUGAGAGUACGUGAUUGUGCUCUGUGUUGCUACAUUCAUGUAACUGUGAAAUAUUUGAUUCAGGUUUAGUGAAGCCAUUUUAGUUUGUCUAACACAAUGUUGUGUCUGAACUAGUAGUUAGUUUGUUUGGUUUUCAAUUUUGUUUUAGAAUGUUUUUCUUUUUUGCAAGAUCAAGUGAUGGCACUGGACAUGCCCUAGCAAUGGUAGAUCUGAUCAUUUUGUAGCAUAUUUGGAACACAGGGUUUUCUAAACUUAAUGUAAUGCAAGGAACAGAAGGAUCAUGUUUAGUUUGCACGGUCAACUUUCAAAUACCUUUUACUUUAUGCAUGUAUUGCAAUUGUAUUGUCGACAGAAAUUAUUUCAGAAUGCUUUUAUCAAACAACCAAAAAACGACAGAAGUCAACACCUAUCAUAACAAAGAGACCAUCACAUUUAAUGAAAGAUUGAUGUGCAAAACAUAAUAAAACAAGUCAGACAUGUACAUCACAGACUGGAAAGUGCUUCACUGAAUAGACUUCUUGAAAUAUUGCGAUAAAGCAGUCAUCUUUUCAUGUUUUGAACAGUAAGUCUGUGCCGGAAAAGACACCAAAUGCAGUGCUUAUGCCUGUCAACAGUCUUUCAAGUCUAGUUUGGGUGAUUUAAGGUAUUGCCAGUUCCAGAAUCAGAUAAUUGUUGAAGGUCCAAAUGUAAAACUACCUCAUGGUAGAAGGUUUGGCUUGUUGUAAGCAUGCAUCUUUGUAGAGUGUCUGUGUAAAAUUUGAGCAAAAGCAACCCACCUCAGGAUUUCCCUUAAGAACAAUUUUACUGUUUUCACACCUUUGGCUCAUUCACAACAGACAUCUCUUAUCAAACACGCAAAACUCAGACAAAAAAAAAAAAAAAAGACAA